AUGAGUGAUAAUGUUCAAUUAUCAAUUCAAACUUUAAUGAAUGAUAUUCAAAUUCAAAUAGAAAAAGAAUUAAUGCAAUUAAAUGAAACAUUAAAACAACCUUUAAUGGAAUUAAAACAACAAGAAUUAAAAAUGGUAUUACAUAUUAAUGACUCUAUUGAGCAAUUAAUUAAAGAAUUAACUUUUUUAUCAUCAAGUUGUUUAAUGGGAAUUCCAAAAAAUCAAAUUCAAAUACAACCUUUUCACUCAAUUGGCUCUGAACAAGAAAUUGAUAAAUUUAUUCAAAAUUGUCUUGAACAAUUAACAUUAAUGAGAGUUAUUAAUCAAAAUAUUUAUGAUGCUUAUAAAAAGAUGCAAAAUAUUAUUUCUAAACGAGAAACAUGUGAGAAAUUAAUGCAAUCAUAUAUUAACCAUACUCAAUCAAUGCAAAAUUGGUUAAUAUCAAAGAACUAA